UUGUUCCCUCCCCUUCAGAUCUACAGUUUGAAGAUGGGUGUAACCAACAUGUCCUUAAGUGCAGGCGCAGUUUGAUUACCUGUCAAACUAGUUGCACUUCUGAGGAAGUGAAACUCAGACAGUCAUUGCCACUGAGAGGUGAAAUGGCGCAGAAAGGAGUUCAGCUGGACCGAGAAAAAUUCUGCUGUUCGAUCUGUCUGGAUCUGCUGAAGGAUCCGGUGGCUACUCCCUGUGGACACAGCUACUGCAUGAACUGUAUUAAAAACUUCUGGGAUGUAGAGGAUGAGAAGAAAAUCCACAGCUGCCCUCAGUGUAGGCAGACCUUCACACCGAGGCCUGUCCUGCUGAAAAACACCAUGUUAGCAGAUUUAGUGGAGGAACUGAAGAAGACUGGACUCGAAGCUGCUCCUGCUGAUCACUGCUAUGCUGGACCUGAAGAUGUGGCCUGUGAUGUCUGCACUGGGAGAAAACUGAAAGCCCUCAAGUCCUGUCUGGUCUGUCUGGCUUCUUACUGUGAGAAACACCUCCAGCCUCACUUUGAAUCACCUACAUUUAAAAAACACAAGCUGGUGGAGCCCUCCAAGAAGCUCCAGGAGAACAUCUGCUCUCGUCAUGAUGAGGUGAUGAAGAUGUUCUGCCGUACAGAUCAGCAGAGUAUCUGUUAUCUCUGCUCUGUGGAUGAACAUAAAGGCCACGACACAGUCUCAGCUGCAGCAGAAAGGACCGAGAGGCAGAGAGAGCUCGAGGUGAGUCGACAAAACAUCCAGCAGAGAAUCCAGGACAGACAGAAAGAUGUGAAGGUGCUUCAGCAGGAGGUGGAGGCUAUCAAUGGCUCUGCUGAUAAAGCAGUGGAGGACAGUGAGAAGAUCUUCACUGAGCUGAUCCGUCUGAUGGAGAAAAGAAGGUCUGAUGUGAAGCGGCAGCUUAGAUCCCAGCAGGACACUGAAGUGAGUCGAGUCAAAGAGCUUCAGGAUAAGCUGGAGCAGGAGAUCACUGAGCUGAAGAGGAAAGACGCUGAGCUGAAGCAGCUCUCACACACAGAGGAUCACACCCAGUUUCUACACAACUACCCCUCACUGUCAGCACUCAGUGAAUCUACAGACUCAUCCAGCAUCAAGAUCCGUCCUCUGCGCUACUUUGAGGAUGUGACAGCGGCUGUGUCAGAAGUCAGAGAUAAACUACAGGACGUUCUGACAGAGACAUGGACAAACAUCUUAAAGACAGUGACUGAUGUGGAUGUUUUACUGUCAGAACCAGAACCAGAGCCCAAGACCAGAGCUGACUUCUUAAAAUAUUCAUGUGAAAUCAAACUGGAUCCAAACACAGCACAUACAUGGCUGAUAUUAUCUAAGGGGAACAGAAAAGCAACAGUAAUGAUAGAAGAAGAUGAAGAAGAAGGAGAAGAAGAAGAGUCUUAUUCUAGUCACCCAGACAGAUUCACUAGAUGUUGGCAGGUCCUGAGUAGAGAGAGUCUGACUGGACGUUGUUACUGGGAGGUGGAGUGGAGAAGGGGAGAAGUUCGUGUAGCAGUCGCCUACAAGAACAUCAGCAGAGCAGGAAGCGGGGAUGAAUCUGGAUUUGGACAAAAUAAGAAAUCUUGGAUGUUAAAUUAUCAGAACAACAGAUACAACUUUUGCUACAACAAAGUCCAAACUCCCGUCUCAGGUCCUCGGUCCUCCAGAGUAGGAGUGUACCUGGAUCACAGAGCAGGUAUUCUGUCCUUCUACAGCAUCUCUAAAACCAUGACUCUCCUCCACAGAGUCCAGACCACAUUCACUCAGCCUCUCUGUGCUGGACUUGGGUUUUAUUAUUAUGAAGCCACUGCUAAGUUCUGUAAAGUCAAAUAGUCAGAAGUCAUUUCAGGGACAGUGGGUUAAAUUCUGUCUUUUAAUCCUUCAACUUAUUUUGUCUUCGUGGUUGUUGCUGAGAGCUGAUUGUUGUGGCCUUGACCUGUCAAUCAAACAUUGUGGGCGGUACUUUGAGGUCUUGUCAUUAGUUGCUGUGUAAAUGUUUGAGUUUCUUUAGGCGGCGCUCCUUCCUGUGUCUGUUUAGCCAUGGAGGCUAUCACUGCUCAGGAUGACUUUUGUUUACCUGAACUGACUUUUCUCUGCAUGAAAAUGGAAACUUGUCUGAGCUCUAAAUGUUUGUUGAAUAUUUGGAUUGAUGUAUUUGUAUGUUGUUGUUUCUCUUCCACUGCAUGGGUCUGAAGAGAGAAAGCAGCAGACCUUCCUUUAUCUCAGAGAUUUUGUUCUCACUUUGGAAAGAAAUCUAGAAUUACAUUCACAUUUAUUUGUUUGGCAGACCAAAUGUUGUUGUUGUCCAAAGAGACGUACAAAUGAGGGACUGUGAGGUAUUUUAAAGUGUAAUUCUCCUGAUCAGAAUCAAUAAGGAGCUCAUUCUUUUCUUUGACAGCUGAGAUUCUGCUCAAACACACUGAUUGUGUGGAUGAAGUGAAUCUGUGCAUGAAAUCAUUGAACAAGAGUCAUUUAACAGACUUUACUGAUGGGAUGUGUGAACAAACUGAAGGUUUACAUGAUGAAUAAACAAACAUAAACCAA